AUGUCUCUGGUUUGCAUCACUGUUGGAAUGUCUCUGGUUUGCAUCACUUCUGGUUUGCAUGACUGUUUGUCUCUGGUUUUGCAUCACUGUUGGAAUGUCCUGUUUGCAUCACUGUUGGAAUGUCUCUGGUUUGCAACUGUUGAAAUGUCUGGUUUUUGCAUCACUGUUGGAAUGUCAGUUUGCAUCACUGUUAGAAUGUCUCUGGUUUGCAUCACUGUUGGAAUGUCUCUGGUUUGCAUCACUGUUAGAAUGUCUCUGGUUUGCAUGACUGUUGAAAUGUCUCUGGUUUGCAUCACUGUUGGAAUGUCUCUGGUUUGCAUCACUGUUGGAAUGUCUCUGGUUUGCAUCACUGUUGAAAUGUCUCUGGUUUGCAUGACUGUUGAAAUGUCUCUGGUUUGCAUCACUGUUGGAAUGUCUCUGGUUUGCAUCACUGUUAGAAUGUCUCUGGUUUGCAUCACUGUUGGAAUGUCUCUGGUUUGCAUCACUGUUAGAAUGUCUCUGGUUUGCAUGACUGUUGAAAUGUCUCUGGUUUGCAUUACUGUUGGAAAUCACUGUUAG